AUGGCAUCCCUGCAUCCUUUUGACCCCAUCACGGCAGACGAGAUCCGGCUGGUGGUCCGCAUCCUCGAGAAGAGCUUCUCUGGAGUGAAAUUGCGAUACAAGCGCAACGACAUCCAGGAGCCCAUGAAAAAAGAGGUGAUACCCUACAUCGAGGCGGAGCGCUUAGGGCAGCCACUUCCACCCAAGCCCUCUCGUCUCGCCUACGCCAUUUUCCAUCGCCUUGAUAACCGUGCUUUCUACAAGGCCUUGUUCGACUUAACUUCCAAAGCCGUUAUCUAUGCAAAGGAGCUACCUAAGCAUGUACAGAUGCAGCUGCCACCUGGAGUCGUGGUCUGUACGGAGCCUUGGAUGUACGGUACUGACACGGCCAAUGAGAAUCGCCGACUCUUCCAAUGCUAUCUUUACGUGGUCGAGAUCAACCACCCAGAAAACCACCAUUACUCCGUGCCAUGUCGGUUCUCGCCUGUCUUUGGCAUAACUCAUGAGCUCGUCCGGGUCGAUUACUUGCCAACAGGUCUGGAUCAUACAGUAAGAGAAACGCAACCAUGGAAGCCUGUGAAGACCGUUCAGUACGCACAUGAGUUGCUGGAUGAGCCGAUGCGACAGGAUCUGAAGCCCUACAUCGUACAGCAGCCUCAGGGCGCUUCCUUCUCCACCGAGGGCAAUGUGGUCAGUUGGCAGAAAUGGCGCUUCCGCGUAGGCUUCAACAGCCGAGAGGGCUUGGUGAUCUACAAUGUGACAUAUGAUGGCCGAAAUACUUUCUACUGCCUUUCUUUAUCAGAAAUGACAGUGCCUUACGGAGACCCUCGCGCGCCUUAUCAUCGCAAACAGGCUUUUGACAUAGGAGAUGUCGGUUUUGGCAUCACGGCCAACCAAUUAUCCUUAGGGUGCGAUUGCUUAGGACACAUUCACUAUUUUGACGGGCACACAGUCAACUCAUCGGGUGAGCCGAAGCGCUUGGAUUCAGUUAUCUGUCUCCAUGAGGUCGACCAGGGUCUCCAGCACAAGCAUGUUAACUACCGCACAAACACGGCUACGGUCGUCCGUAACCGCCAGCUUGUCGUCCAGAUGAUUUGUACCUUUGCCAACUAUGAGUAUAUUUUUGCCUUUAUCUUCGAUCAAGCCGCGAACAUCGAACUUGAAGUCCGUGCCACGGGCAUCCUCUCCACGACUCCCUUUGACGAUGACACUGAAGGGACACUUCCUUGGUCGACAACAGUGGGUCCAGGGGUGGCAGCCCCAUACCACCAGCAUCUCUGGUCUUUGCGGAUUGACCCGGCUAUCGAUGGGUUUAAGAACACCGUGUUCUACGAAGACAGUGUUCCAAUGCCGAUCAGUGAGUACAACCCCUACGGUGUGGGCUAUAUCACCGAGAAAAUCAUUAUGAAAACAUCCGGGAGCGCACAAACUAGCGUGGAUCGGCAUCGAGUGUUCAAGAUGUGCAACGCGAAUGUGAUCAACCCCCUCACCAAGAAGCUCGUCGCAUACAAAAUCCACACCGUGCCCAGCCAGAUGCCUUUGGCGCACCCCAGCACGUUUGGUUACCAGCGAGCUGGCUUCGCGACCCAACCGAUUUGGGUCAGCAAGUACAAAGGUGGCGAGCUGUAUGCGGCCGGCGAAUUUACGAACCAGAGUACAUCCUCCCAAAAUGAAUAUUCCGAGGGCAUUGACGCAUGGGUGGGGAGGAAGGACCCCAUUGAAAAUGAAGAUGUUGUAGUGUGGCACGCUUUUGGGCUAACUCAUAAUCCACGACCGGAGGAUUUCCCCGUUAUGCCCCACGAGAAGAUCAAUGUUGUCCUUAAGCCCGAUCAUUUCUUUGCCAAGAAUCUGGCACUUGAUGGUCCCCCUUCUACCCAGGCAUUCAACAAGUCUGUCUUGCAUGAAGAACCUUUUAAGUCCGUUUGUUGUUCGGGGAAAGCUAUUCUGUGGCAGGUAGACCAAUGA